AUGGCAAGGAGUACUCGGCCAGGGAAUUUCAAAGGAGUACUCGGCCACGAGCUCAGCAAGGAGGAGCGGGAGGACGCCCGUAAGCUGGCGGCUGAGGUGUAUGCGGGCAACGGCGAGGGUGCAACGGAAGAGGACCGGCGGGCGGACAAGGAGCACAUGGAGGUGCUGACCGCGCGCAAGACUGUGGAGAGCAAGGCCGGCAAUUCCACCACAGUGUCAGUGCAGAUCGCGGGCAUUGAAGCGCGGCUAAUGUUCUGGUCGCAGCACAUGUCCGUGCAGUACCCAGCACUGGCAAACGUGGCGGACCGUGUACUGCGCAUGCACACGACCACCUGCGCUGCUGAGUUCAACUGGUCGCUGUGGGGCAACAUUUUCAGCAAGGCUCGCAACCGCCUGUCGCAGGAGCGGGCGAAGAAGCUCAUCUACAUUCGCCAGAACGACGACUCCAACAAGGGCAAGGGCAGCCGCCUGUCAGACGAGGAGGUGGUGAUGACUCUGCUGGCUGCAGAGGAUGAGAAGAGCGCGCGUGUGUAA